AUGUCAGAUCAACAUCAUGGAUCGUCAAGAAGGAGCCAUCGCAAUGGCGACUCUUCCGAACGCCGACAUCGCCGACCAAGAGAUGGAGGCUCGAACUUUACUCUUGAUCGUUUCCUAGAAAGUAACGACUUUGGAGCAGGCACCACCUCUUAUGGGGGGGACGACUUCCAUUCAUCCCGCGCCAGCUAUCAAGACCGCACCAUCCACGGCCACCCACCCAACCAUGUCGAUAACAGAUAUGCCGGCCAGUCCUCCAUCUAUUCUUAUAAUGAUCACCCUACUCGAAAUUUCAGACAGCCCCAGCACCAACGCGUGACUGGCGUUGCUCACGGUUCUUCAUACGGGCAGCGUGGCAAUGGCCAGCCAGCAAGGCGACACAGAGAGGAGACCCCUCCCUUUUUUGACGAUGUUGAUUCAAUUGCUGGGCGUCAGGGAAGUCCUUCUAGUAUUUACUCUCCCGGACAAUCCCGCCCCAGGCCCGCCCUCUUUGAUCAUGACCGUCGCCUUCCAUCUGAUCGCGACACAUAUGGACUCGAUAUUAACCCCAUUGGCAACUUUACCACUUCAACAAACCUACGCGUGAGCCCCCCUCGUCAAGAAGCAUAUCGACAUCGCGCUGGUGAAUUUCUUGGCGACUUUGAUACCAUGUUUGGUUCCUCUAGGCGAGAUGAGGAUUCUGGGGAGAUCCCACGGAGCAGCUAUUCACGCAACAACAGGAGGUAA